CCAGCAGCGAGGGCCACGAUGACAGAUUACGGCGAGGAGCAGCGCAACGAGCUGGAGGCCCUGGAGGCCAUCUACCCCGACUCCUUCACAGGUGACGCUCGAGGCCGCGAGCCCGCAGCCGCCCUGAGGUGGGCCGAGAACGAGCCGGAGCCGCCGCGGCCCUCGCUUGAAAGUUCGGAUGGCGCGGGCGGGACCUCGGAGACCCCGAAUCGGGCUUGGGGGGUAAUUGACAGCAGCCGUAGGUUCACUGGGAUGCACGGAGAGAAAAAGAAUCCUCCGAGAGAGAUCGAGGCUUCUCCGGGUCGGAGAACGGAAAUCUCACGGCAUUCUGCAGAAUGUCGAGUGAAUGAUGCCCCCUCUACGUUUCUGUUCCGCUGUAGAACACAGGCAGAUGUCUCUCAGCUACCCCUGUAUAGCUCCAGUCCUGUUCAUGUUCUCUCACCAGCAAUUCAGCUGUGCUGUGAGGAUGUUAAGGGGAUGAGUGAAGAGGGGUUUGAGAGUGUCAUUAUCUGGUAUAUCAAAUUGUUGUCUUGUGUCUUAGCUGUUCAGACUACACUAAAGUUUACAUAUAGUGAAAAAUACCCAGAUGAAGCUCCCCUUUAUGAAAUAUUCUCCCAGGAAAAUUUAGAAGAUAAUGAUGUCUCAGACAUUUUAAAAUUAUUAUCAGUGCAAGCUGAAGAAAAUCUAGGUAUGGUGAUGAUCUUUACUCUAGUUACAGCUGUGCAAGAAAAAUUAAAUGAAAUAGUAGAUCAGAUAAAGACUAGAAGAGAGGAAGAAAAGAAACAAAAGGAAAAGGAAGCAGAAGAAGCAGAAAAGAAAUUAUUCCAUGGCACUCCUGUUACAAUUGAGAAUUUCUUAAGUUGGAAGGCCAAGUUUGAUGCAGAACUCUUGGAAAUUAAAAAGAAACGCAUGAAAGAGGAAGAACAAGCAGGAAAAAAUAAAUUAAGUGGAAAGCAGCUGUUUGAAACUGAUCAUAAUCUUGAUACAUCUGACAUCCAGUUCUUAGAGGAUGCUGGAAACAAUGUGGAGGUAGAUGAGUCAUUGUUCCAGGAAAUGGAUGACUUGGAGCUGGAAGAAGAGGAGGAGGACGACGAUCCCGACUACAAUCCUGCUGACCCAGGGAGUGACUCAGACUAACGGACUGCCCCCAUCGCUAGAGAGGCUUCACAGCCACAGCAUCUGUGGCUAUGCUGAGAGGGCUUUGAUUUUCCUUUCUUUUUUUUUCUAAGAAAAAAAUCAUUUUCAGGAGAAUAGUCUUCUGAUAGCUUACAUCAUUGAACUUAAUAAACUGACCUUAAAAUUUCAAAUAUAAAAUGUCUACUUCUUAUUGGUGAUCAAAAAGUCACCUAUCUAAAAAUCAUUUAGUGUUGAGAAGAGCUGGCCUGUAAACACCAAGACUUGAAGGUAAGGUUUGUAGAUGAGGAAUUGGAAUAAGUUAGAAUUUCUAUGCUGAAACCAAUGAUUACUUCGGGGUGCAAAGUGUUGUCAUUCAUACCAUGUUACAUAUUGUCUGCAACACAAACACUCAUCUCCAUCUGUGAAUGUGUAUAUUAACAUGGGUGUUUGACUUGGGCACCAGGUGAGAGAGCCAGGCUUCAUGCAGAUUACCUAGUGAGUGUAUUUUUGGAGGACUGAAUCUUGGCCCCAGUUGAAAAUCACUUGUGCAGUGCACAUAGCUGACUUCAUUUAAAAAAAAAAAAAGAAAGAAAGAAAACACGUGUUGCAUACCCA